AUGCAGUUCUUAUAUACUGUACUUGUCGUUGCUUUUAUUUAUUUUAGUAAGAUCGUCUAUGGGUGUGAUAAAGACCCACAUCAAGGAGUAUUGGUUAUUGCUGCUGGAUCUUUCCUGUCGGCAAGUAGUGAGCAAGGUGUUAAUUGGUCACCAUCAGAAAUAAAAGGUCAAAUGACAUUCAAUCAAGGUACUUGUCAAUAUGAAAAAGUAAUUGAAGGUUUACCAGCAAAUACAAACUAUGAUUGGAAAGUUGCCUUCAAUGGAAAUUGGGGUGGAGAUAAAGGAUGUAAUAAUGGUGGUAAUUGUCAAUUUAAUAGCGGUUCGUCAGGUGCAGUUCUUCUCAUCUAUAAUCCUUAUACUGGACAAUUGACAACACGUCCUCUUAGUAGUGGUCAAACGAUAAAUCCAAGUGUUACAACUACUGCAUCACCAUUAUCAUGUUCAAAUCCAUACAAAGGUCGAAUAGUUCGUGCAUCAGGUGAUUAUCAAACAGACUUAGGUAGUACUGCUCCAUGGCUUGCAACAGAAGCAAAUAGUUUAAUGACAUUUGAUGAAACAGCUUGUAUUUAUUUUCUUAUUCUUUCUGGUUUAAAACCAGAUAAAUUCUAUGAAUGGAAAAUAACAUUUGAUAAUGCAUGGUCUGGUAGUAUUGGUUGUGGAAAUGGUGGUAAUUGUAAAUUUUCAACAAGUGGUGCUGGUACAGUUAAACUUGAAUUUGAACCUAAUACAAAACAAUUAACAUUUCGUCCUCUUCCAACAAUUUGUGGUAAUGGACAAUGUGAAUUAGGUGAAACAUGUCGAACAUGUUUAGUUGAUUGUGGUGAAUGUCCACCAGCUGUAUGUGGUGAUGGUACAUGUGACGAUAGUGAAUCAUGUAGUUCAUGUCAGAAUGAUUGUGGUAAAUGUCCAGUAUGCGGUGAUGGUAUAUGUGCAUCGAAUGAAAAUCAUCAAACAUGUUCUCAAGAUUGUCCUAAUGAAUUACCUGGAUGUGAAAUAUUUCGAGAAGAAAGCUGUCAAAGUGGUUCACAAUUUCAAGCAAAUGCAGGUUCAGAUGCAAAACGUUGGCAAACACCAGUACCUGGUACAAAUGGUUAUCAAUCAUCCUAUCAAGAUUAUCAUACACUUGUUGGUUAUGCUGAUAUUAUUUAUACAAAUAGUGAUCGUCAAUCAGCUGAUGUUUGUCUUGAAACAAAACAUCGUUAUGCUAGUACAAUAACAUUACAUUAUUUCUUUGAUGGUAUUGCUCAAACAACGAAAUGUAAACGUUUUACAACUUCCUACACAGGUAUAUUAGAAGUGAUAGUGAAAGGAAGUGAUGGAUCAACAUUACAAUUACCUGAUGUUGAUUUUGCUUGGAAUGCAAAACCAAUUGCUAGUCGAUCAGGUGAUUAUCGUAAUGGACAAAAAGGUGCUGUAGCAGAAAUGUUCGGUUGGCAACAUAAAGAUAUAAAAGAAGAAUGUGAAUUUCUUGGUAAAGCUGGUUAUUUAGGUGUAAAACUUUUUCCUGUACAUGAACAAUUAAUGUCAACACAACCAUUUGAAAAUGCAAUGAAUCCAUGGUAUUUCAUGUAUCAACCAAUAUCAUAUAAUUUAGAUGGUCGAAUGGGUACACGUGAAGAAUUACGUGAUUUAAUUCAAACAUGUCGUGGAUAUGGUGUUCGAGUAUAUAUUGAUGCAGUUCUUAAUCAUUUUACUGGAGCUGGUAAUGAUAUGAAUCAACAUCGUAAUCCUAAUGGUUGUGUAAAAUGGGGUAAUAAAACAAGUAGUGCACCCGUAGAACGACAAUCACCCUAUUAUACAGGUGCUUAUACCUAUCAAUAUAAUCCAAACACGGGUAAAGCUCCAGCAAAUGAAUUUCCUGGUGCUGCUAUUGGUCCUGAAGAUUUUCAUUGUGAUCGUGUACUUGGUUCAUGGUCUGAUUUAUUUAUUUUAAAUAAUGGUUGGCUUGUUGGUCUUACUGAUCUUGAUACAUCAAGAGAAACUGUACGUGAACGACAAGCAGCAUAUCUUGUUGAUAUGUUAAGUUUAGGUGCUAGUGGUUUUCGUAUUGAUGCAGCUAAACAUAUGUCACCUGAAGAUAUUUCUGCAAUCAUGAAAAAAGUUCAAACAAAAAUGGGUGGAAAAUUACCAGAUGAUUUCUUUGUUUGGCUUGAAGUUCUUACAGGUGGAGAAGCUGGUGUUAUAUGGCAAGGACCCUCAUGGUAUGGUACUAUGUUUGAAAAUAUUCUUAAAAAAGACCUUGGUUCAGAUUCUGAAGUCAAUAAAAUCAAAAUGUGGGAUGGUCUUUAUCCAAAAGAACCACAAAAUAAUCCAACAGUUUCUCGUCAUCGUGUAGUUAUUCAAAAUGAUGAUCAUGAUCAACAAAAUCCCGGUUCAAGUAGUCGUGAUAUGGCUAAUUUUGGUUGUGUUCUUGUUAAAAAUUGUCCUGUUGGAGAACAUCGUAAUUUUGAAAUUCGUCUUUUUACAGAUCCAAAUGGUGUUACUAAUAACAAUGAUGAUUGGCCUAUUCGAUUUAUUCUCUCAUCUUAUUAUCAUACUCAUGGUGAUCUUGGAAUUCCCGAUGGAAAAUCAUCAUGUGAUCUAUGUACUACAACAUGUGAAACAUGUCGUUCAUCAGUACCUUAUAUAAAAGCAUACGAUCGUAUGGCAUGUGCCUAUACAGGUAGUGGUUAUACUCGCACACAUCGAGAUAUAGCUGUAAUCAAUGCGAUGCGCGCGUGGAUGAAACUGGCACCUGUAUCUGGAUCAUCUUUGGGUAUUGCACAUUGUGCAUAG